AUGCCACUCCACGUCCACCUCCUCCUGCUGCUCCUCUUCGCCACCUCGCUUCCCUCCUGUGUCAAUUCCUCCUCUUGCGCCGGACGCGACGACGCGGCCAUCGUCGCCGCCGCGUUCCGGUACGUGCAUAACUUCCGUGCCCCGAGAGCCAAGGCGGCAUGCCAGCCGGUCCGAGAGCUCCGCCUCCCGUCGCGGAACCUCACGGGCGCGGUGUCGUGGACGGCGCUGGCGAACCUGACCGCGCUCGCCGCGCUCGACCUCUCGGGCAACGCGCUCCAGGGCGCCAUCCCGGGCCGGUUCUGGCGCGCGCCGUCGCUCCGCGCGGUCGACGUCUCCCGCAACCAGCUCGGCGGCGCGCUCCGGGUGGAGGAGCCCAACCCGCGGCUCCAGUCGCUCAACGUGUCCGGCAACCGGUUCACGGGCGUCGACGGGGUGGAAGGGCUCUCGGGGCUCGUUGCGCUCGACGUGUCGGCGAACAGGAUCCGCGCGGUGCCGCGGGGCCUGCGGCGUCUGGCGCGGGUGAAGCGGCUCGACCUGUCCUCGAACGCGAUGCAGGGGAGGUUCCCCGGCGACUUGCCGCCGCUCGGCGGGGUGCGUUCCUUGAACGUCUCGUACAACAGGUUCUCCGGCGUGGUGGACACGGGCGCCGUCGCGAAGUUCGGCCACUCGGCGUUCGUACACGCGGGCAACGCGUCGUCACUGGUGUUCUCGGACAACUCGACAGCAGCGCCACGGCGGCCGCGGCCGUCAUCACCUCCUGGUCCUAGUCCUCUUGGGAAAAGUAAAAAGAAGGGUGGUUCUGGGACGACGACGACGAGGAGGGGCAAGAGGAGGAGGCAUCUGAGCAUCGUGGCGGUGGCAGUGAUAUGCGGGGUGGUGUCCCUGGCCAUGCUGCUCUGCCUGGUCGGGUGCGUGGCGUGCGGCGCGCUGAGGUGCAGGCGGCGGCAGAAGGGAGGCAAAGACGACGAGGAGAAGAAGGAGAAAGCACAAUGGAGCGAGAAGGGCGACGAGGAGGAGGACGUGGUGGUCGUGGCGGCCAGGGGCGCGUCGUCGGCAGCGCCCGUGGUGCUGUUCGAGCGGCCGCUGAUGCAGCUCACGCUGGGCGACCUGGCCGCGGCCACGUCCGGCUUCGGCCGCGAGUCGCAGCUCGCGGAGCGCGGCGGUCGCAGCGGCGCCGCGUACCGGGCCGUGCUCCCCGGUGACCUGCACGUCGUCGUGCGCGUCGUGGAGGGCGCCGUGGCCGGGCUCCGCGAGGACGACGACAACCCGGCGGCCGCUGCCACCGCGUUUCGGGAGCUCGCGCGCCUCCGCCACCCGAACAUUCUUCCACUCCUUGGCUACUGCAUUGCAGGCAAGGAGAAGCUACUACUUUACGAGUACAUGGAGAAGGGCGACCUGCACCGGUGGCUGCACGAGCUGCCAGCGGGGCGGCCGGACAUGGACGACACGGCGGGCAGCGGCGACAUCUGGGAGGCGGCGGAGGUGAAGCGGUCCAUCUCCGACUGGCCGACCCGGCACCGCAUCGCGCUGGGGGUCGCCCGGGGCCUGGCGUUCCUGCACCAGGGGUGGGCCGGCGGCGGCGGGUCGGCGGUCGUGCACGGCCACCUGGUGCCGACCAACGUCCUGCUGUGCGACGACCUGGAGCCCCGGAUCUCAGACUUCUUCGGGCACAACCACAACGGCAACGCGACGCCCGAGGGCGACGUGUACGGGUUCGGCGUGCUGGUGCUGGAGCUGAUGACGGGGCAGGCCGGGUGGGACGAGGCGUCCGUGAGCUGGGCGCGGGGCAUCAUCCGCGACGGCAAAGGGCUGGACAUCGUGGACCCCAGGGUGCGGGACGAGGCCGCCGCCGGCGCGGAGGCGGAGGCGGCCGAUCGGGAGAUGGUGGAGUGCCUAAGGGUGGGGUACCUCUGCACGGCGCACUCGCCGGACAAGCGGCCGACGAUGCAGCAGGUAGUGGGGGUGCUCAAGGACAUCCGGGCGGCGCCUCCUACCACGCCCAGGCCGGGCAGCUGA